GUAAUAUUUUUUAGCAAAAUUUAUUAAUUAUUUCUGCUCAACUUUUUCAACUGCACAACGAAAAGCAAUGCAAGUUCUUUUGCUUUAAACCUCUUCCGAAAGGUAACGAACUUUUCAUGGUAAAUGCAUCAGCAGUUCUUCCAUUAUAAAUUCAAACAAUAUGAAGCAAAGUGUAUUUUUUUAUUUCUGGUCAAAGUUGAUUUCAAUAUACCUUGAUUUCUAAUGGAAAGUGAUUUACUUGAAAUAAAAAAAAAUAUGUUAUGCUACUUUAAGCUUUCAACGUCAGUCAAAAGUGAAAUUAUUAUUGUUUGCGAGAAACUUAAAGAUUUAAUAAAUCGAUUCUAAACCUAUAAUGUGGCGGUACGUGGCUACUGGCUUUGCAAAGACAAUACAUCUUUCCCAAUGGGUACCUACAUUAAUGUUAAGUCGUAAUUGCAUGCAUGUGCAUGAAGAGGAACCAGAACAUAUUUUUACGAAACGAUUUGAAGAUUUCUUCAAUCGCUGUGAAAUCGAUGGUUGGGAUUUGCGUCAAGGGAUGAAUGAUAUUUUAGGAUAUGAUGCCGUUCCCGACCCCAAAGUAAUUGAAGCUGGUUUACGUGCCUGCCGACGAGUUAACGAUAUAGCUCUAGCUAUUAGAUGGCUAGAAGCUUGCAAGGAUAGAUGUGGAGAUAAAGUGGAUCAGAUAUACCCAUAUUUGUUAAGUCACAUCCGUCCAACCCUUUAUGAGCUUGGUAUUCCGACACCAGAGGAACUGAAUUAUGAUAAACCGGAAUUAGCUGUAAAAUCAGUAUUUGAUAUGUGAAAUUAUGAGUUUUGACCGCAUGAAUAAAUAUUGAAAAAGUUUUUCGAAA